CAACGCUACCACGUCAGCCAUGGAUACCACCACAGCCCCAAAGAUUAUCGAUAUCCGCCAAGAUGGCGGAGGUCUUACGCCACUAGUGCCUCAGAUCCGAGAAGGCCUCAAUGCGAGAGAAGGACAAGAGAAGAAGCUGCCUACACUAUUGCUAUACAGCGAGGAUGGCUUGAAGCUAUUCGAGAAGAUCACAUACCUAGAAGAGUAUUAUCCUACAGGCCAGGAGAUACAAGUCUUAGAAGCAUACGCUGAUCGUAUCGCGGAUCGCAUUGCUCUGGAGUCGGACUCUAUGCUAGUAGAAUUAGGCAGUGGUAAUCUCCGAAAAGUCCGUAUCCUCCUCGACGCUCUCGAUCGCAAAGGCAAGAAUGUGUCCUACUACGCUUUGGACGUCUCGGAGGUAGAACUCGAACGCACAUUGGCCGAGGUCCCGCAAGGCACCUUCAACCACGUACAAUGCCAUGGACUCCUAGGGACAUAUGACGAAGGCCUCGAAUGGCUAAAGAAACCAGAGAACGCCCAUCGAUCAAAAACAAUCCUAUCAUUAGGAUCAAGCAUCGGAAACUUUUCUAGAGACGAGGCUGCGAAGUUUCUUUCUCAGUUCUCGGAGACAUUGGACCCCAACGAUACUUUGUUGUUGGGUGUCGACGCUUGCACGGAUGCAGACAAAGUAUACCACGCUUACAAUGAUCGAGAAGGUCUGACGCAUGAGUUCAUUCUUUGCGGCCUGAGGCAAGCAAACAAACUACUUGGCUACGAAGCCUUCGACGUUGAAAAAUGGGAGGUGAUUGGUCGAUACAACAAGGAGACUGACCGUCACGAAGCCUUUGUCUCCCNNCCCAAAGAAGAUGUGACGAUAGAAGGUGCCCUCAUUCGUGCAGGAGAGCAAGUCAGGAUUGAGGAGAGCUACAAGUACAACCCAGUUCAGAGCGAGCGGCUCUGGUCAGAUGCUGGCUUGACAGAAGGUGCAAAGUGGAUCAACGCUGACGGUGACUAUGCUCUGCACUUGCUCAACAAACCCAAGGUCCAAUAUCCUCUGGUCGCAGAGAAAUACGCCGCCCAACCCGUUCCUUCACUCGAAGAGUGGGAUCAACUCUGGGCUGCUUGGGAUGCUGUUACCCUGGAGAUGAUCCCAGAGGAGGAGCUGCUGGAGAAACCCAUCAAGCUGCGCAAUGCCUGCAUCUUCUACCUCGGUCACAUUCCUACCUUCAUGGAUAUUCACCUCACACGUGCGACCCACGGCAAGCCCACAGAGCCAAGCUCCUACCCUAGUAUCUUCGAGCGAGGAAUCGACCCCGAUGUCGAUGACCCUGAGCAAUGUCAUGCUCACAGCGAGAUUCCAGACUCAUGGCCACCAGCGAACGAAAUCCUUGAUUUCCAGUCGAAGGUACGGAUUCGAGUCAAGAAAUUGUACGCUUCUGGUCAAGCAACAAAGGACCGUGCCGUCUCACGAGCGUUGUGGCUGUCAUACGAGCACGAGAUUAUGCAUCUCGAGACGCUGUUAUACAUGCUCAUACAGAGCGAGAAGACCAUGGCCCCACCUACAACAGUGAUGCCGGACUUCCAGGCUUUGGCUCUGCAGGCAAGACAAGGUGCUGUAGAGAACCAAUGGUUCGAAAUUCCACCACAAGAGGUGGAGAUCGGUAUCGAAGAUCCUGAUGACAACUCCGGUCCCGAGCACUUCUUCGGAUGGGACAACGAGAAGCCUAAGCGCACCGUUCAGGUACCAGCCUUCAAAGCCCAAGGAAGACCUAUCACCAACAGAGAGUACGCCAAGUACCUUGAGGAAAACAGCAUUGAUACUCUUCCUGCAUCUUGGCAGACUCUUUCUCGCACCAACGGUGAAGAGACUACUAAUGGGUCGUCAUCAGCUUUUCUCCACGGCAAAGCAGUACGUACUGUAUAUGGGUCAAUCUCGCUGAAGCUAGCACUCGACUGGCCUGUUUGCGCGUCAUACGACGAAAUCUCAGGCUGCGCUCGCUGGAUGGGUGGCCGCAUUCCAACUAUGGAGGAAGCUCGAAGCAUCUACCGCUAUGUUGAUGAAGCAAAAGCUAAAGCACAUGAAACGCUUGGAGCCAACAUUCCUGCCGUAAACGCGCAUCUGGUCAAUGACGGCGUUGAAGAAUCACCACCAUCCAAGGCCACAUCUGCCAGCUCUGCAGGUCCGAACCCGAACGACCUGUUCGUGGACCUGCUUGGGGCUAAUGUCGGCUUCCGACACUGGCAUCCCAUGCCCGUCUCACAGCACGGAAACAAGCUUGCUGGUCAAUCGGAGAUGGGUGGUAUCUGGGAAUGGACCAGUACGGUGCUGGACAAACACGAGGGCUUUGAGGCCAUGCCCCUCUAUCCAGGUUACACAGGUAAGGCUCUUGGUAUAUCCNCCGACUUUUUCGAUGGUAAACACAACGUCGUGCUUGGUGGAUCCUGGGCAACACACCCGCGUAUUGCAGGACGUAAGAGUUUCGUCAACUGGUAUCAGAGAAACUACCCCUUCGUCUGGGCGGGUGCUCGCAUGGUGAAGGAUGCC